AGGAAAUAACUCAUGUGUUCUAUGACUGACGACAUCUAUUUCCUAAUGUAUAAACACAACUUUAACACUUGGAGAUGCCACAUUAACCAUAACUACAGUAUGGCAGCAAACAGACACGCUAAACUGGUACUCUGGACACUGCUCAACACCCUCAGCGUUUGCCCAGGUGAAAAGGAAAAAUCCAUGUUUGCCACUGAGGGAAAUGACAUCAUUCUACCAUAUAGCUUUGAGGCAUCUGAUGACUACUUCAGAGUAACCUGGACUUGUACUCCAAAUCCGGGACGUGUGGCUACCUUUCUAGUCAAUGAGGGGAGGAUCACAGAUGUAGGCCAAGAUAGAAAAAUGAAACUGUUGCCAGACUGCUCUCUACAGAUUAACAAGCUGAGAAGAGAAGAUGCUGGAUUGUAUAUCGGUGUAUUAAAAAAUGAAAAUCGUCAAAAUUUAUUAUUGAAUAUUCUUGAGAUCUCAUCAUCACCUCACCAGGAACCGUUUACUGUCGGUACAGCUGUGACUUUGUCCUGCUCCCUGCAUGGAUAUGAUAUCUGCACAGACAUUACAGAGAGAGAAAUCAAAUUUACGUGGUUUCAUGAGAAUGGCAGUGAGCUAAACGGAGAUACCAGGUACCAUAUUCAUCAGAAGAGGUGUCGGUCUGCUCUGACUGUGACUCUGGAUCAGUCAGACCACAACAGGAAUUGGACGUGUCAGCUGACUGUGGAUGGGAGAGUGAAGAGCUCAGCCAGCUACAUAACCACUGUCUCUGGUUUCCAGGAGGCAGUGGUGGCUGCAGCCGUCUGUGUUUCUUUGGUUGUAGCUCUAUGUGUGACUGUAGCUGUGAUACUGAUCUACAGGACAAGAGCAAGACGUUCCACCUCCAACCAAGAUAAUGUGCAAAGUGCGGAUGCUGCAGCCGACGCUGUGACGUACUCGGUGGUCAGCAUCACGCCCAGUGGGAAGGAAUGGAAAGCGCCCAACGUCCGCUGUGACUACGACACCAUCAGGACGGUGCAGUGAAACCAUGCCUCAGCAUGUGCAAUUUAUUCCAAAGAGGUUUGUCCAAGAGUGAAUUUAAUCAUUUAUUUGUUUUCUAAAGGAUAAUGUUAUACUAUAUCUAUACAAAUGUGUAAACAUAAUUCUGCAGGAAUGGGGUAAAUGUAGUGUAAAUUUGCUCUAUAUGUCACUGCUUUUCAUAAUGUUAUAAAAAGUUUUUUUUCUUCCAUUUCCAUGAUCAUCUUAUUGUAACAAUGCAAUUUAUUAUGCAAGUCAAUAGAAACUUAUUUUAGAGAACCAUUAUAGUAAUCGUAUAAGAUUAAAUCAAAACACCAGUCUGUCUGUUUGUAGUGCUGGAUUUAAUUGAUACAAUUUUAACUUUUUAUAAUAUGGCAGUUUUCCUUCAUUAUAAUAAAUUUCAUUAAGAGCUUAAAUAUUUCUACUCCCUUUGUAAUGUACUCCGUGUCUGAGAUUACCUGAUAUCUUCAACAGCCCUGUGGGACAGAAAUAAUUUUCAGAUUAAAGUUUUAUGUGCUGCAGGACAA